ACAGUUUGAAGAAUCAUUCAGGUCUGUGUGGUACAAAGUAAAUUUAAAUAAAUGAAAAAGGUUUAGUACUUGGGGUUAGGGAUUUUAUCAAACACCUAAAUAUAAACUACCAUUCAAAAUCUGGGGUCUUUACAUUACUUAUUUUCUGUUUUUAUACGCCGGGUUGGUGAUCAAGAAACAUUUAUCAUCACUGUUGAAAGUAGUGGUGGUGCUUCAUAGUUUUGUGGAAGCCGUGAUAGAUUUUUUUUAUCCUUUCUGAAUAAAGCCAACCCCAAACUUUUAAAUGGCAGUGUAAUUAUGAACAGUAAUAUUAGUGAUGUUAUAGCAUGUAUCACUAAUAAUCAAAUAAUUAAAAUAAUGCCUAGGUUAAAAAGACACAAAUUAAGAGGUGUUCAUAUGUACUGCUGUUUUGUCUCUGGCAUGGCGUUAUAUAAUUGAAAUUUGACUUGUAAAUCUGGCCAUUUUGCAUGUCAAGGUGAACGUGUGUGGGCCGAGAAACAAUUCAGCCCUUGACAUAUUAUAUCAUGUGUACUGAUGCGGGCUAUUUUUAGAUGGCUAUUUUUAGUCUCAAACUGUAUGUUUUGAAUACGAUUUGAAUGGUGUGGCUAUUUUCAAUGGGAUCCAUGUUGUCUUUUAAAAACACACGAGAUGCAAAGAAGAGUGGAGAAAAUGGGACUUGGGUCGAUUAUUUGAGAGAUGAUGUGAAAACAUCUCUGCCUGCAACAGCAUGAUCAUAUGCAAAGGAAGACACACACUGAGAGAUAGUUGGCAGUGGUAUUGUUUUCUUCUUCGAUUCCCUAUUUGGCUUGUGUUGAGUGUUUGCGGGAGGGAGAGAUUAUGAGAGAGGUGUAGAUGCAACCUCCAGUACCAUCAAGAAGGCCAAAGGAAUUUCCCUCUUUCUUUCUAUCGCUCUCUCGCAGUGGCCAUAGGCUAUGUAAAUUAGGGCCUUGCUCUGCUAAAUAAAGCACACUCAAGAAAACAAGAAGGUAUAAAAUAAGAGAAAGACGUGAGAAGGGGGGAUGGGUAAAGAAAUGAAAUGAUUUGCACAGACUUGAAAUAGACAGAAAAGAUGGAGUGACAGUAGAGAGGACAGGGAGAGGGGGAGGACGGUGAGGUGAGUGUCGGGUUGUGUGUUGAGUGUUAUUGAGAGCUGUGUAUAGGGCUCAUUUGCAUGGUGGAUGGAGCGAGAGAAGGGGGAGAGCCUUUCACGCCCCCACUGAAGGACUACCACACUGGACACACAUACUCAUGAAGAGUGUGAAGGAGGGUCUUCUACUCAAACAGACCAGCUCUUUUCAGAGGUGGAAGAGGAGGUAUUUCAAACUGCGAGGCAGGACUCUGUACUAUGCCAAAGAUUCAAAGUCUCUCAUAUUUGAUGAGGUCGACCUCUCAGACGCCAGUGUGGCCGAGACUAGCACUAAGAACAUCAACAACAGUUUCACAGUUAUCACUCCAUUCCGUAAGCUGAUGCUGUGUGCAGAGAGCAGGAAGGAGAUGGAAGACUGGAUCAGUGCUUUGAAGUCUGUACAGAAAUGGGAGACUUAUGAGGCCAGUCAGUUUAACAUGGAGCACUUCUCCGGGAUGCAUAACUGGUACGCCUGCUCUCACGCCCGGCCCACCUUCUGCAACGUGUGUCGAGAGGCUCUGCCGGGGGUCACCUCUCAUGGUCUUUCCUGUGAAGUGUGUAAAUUCAAAGCCCACAAGCGCUGUGCCGUACGAUCCACAAAUAACUGUAAGUGGACCACUUUGGCGUCUAUAGGAAAUGACAUCAUAGAAGAUGAGGAUGGAGUGUCAAUGCCACACCAGUGGUUGGAGGGGAACCUGCCGGUCAGCGCAAAGUGUGUGGUGUGCGAUCGAAACUGCGGUAGCGUGCGUCGACUACAGGACUGGCGGUGCCUCUGGUGCAAAGCUAUCGUGCAUAACAGCUGUAAGGAGCACUUGGGAAAGGUUUGUCCUCUGGGUCAGUGUAAGGUCUCCAUCAUUCCGCCCACUGCACUUAACAGCAUCGACUCUGACGGCUUCUGGAAAGCCACCAGUCCAUCCUGUUCGAGUCCUCUGCUGGUGCUGGUGAACAGUAAGAGUGGUGACAACCAGGGCGUGAAGUUCCUGCGCAGGUUUAAGCAGCUACUAAACCCGGCACAGGUCUUUGACCUCAUGAAUGGUGGCCCACAGCUGGGGCUUCGUCUUUUCCAGAAGUUUGAGACCUUUCGUAUCCUGGUGUGUGGUGGAGAUGGGAGCGUGGGCUGGGUUCUUUCUGAACUGGACAAACUCAGCCUGCACAAACAGUGCCAGCUGGGUGUGCUGCCGCUGGGCACAGGAAAUGACCUGGCGCGUGUGCUGGGCUGGGGAGGACUGUGUGAUGAUGAUGCUCAGCUGCUGCAGAUACUGGAGAAACUGGAGAGAGCUACAACAAAGAUGCUGGACAGAUGGAGUGUCAUGACCUAUGAAGUGCCCACCAAACAGACUCCAGCUAUCGUAAAGGAGGAGGAUCCAUCAGACUCUCCCUUACAGAUUACACAAUAUGCUGAUUCUGUUGCCACUCACUUGACCAAAAUCCUGGACUCUGACAAACACAGUGAUGUUAUAUCAUCUGCCAAGUUUCUGUGUGGAACAGUUAAUGAUUUUGUGGCUGAGGUCGGCAAAGCUUAUGAACGAGCCACAGAGAAUAAAGAGGAGGCUGAUGCUAUGGCAAAAAAGUGUGCCAUGUUGAAUGAGAAGCUGGACUCUUUGGUUAAGGCUCUCAGUGAAGACGCCAGUGCCCAGCUGGUACCAUCCGGGUCCAUCUCACCAGAUGAGAGCGACACUGAUCACUCCAGACCCUUCAGAUCAAGAGAGCAGCUGAUGUUGAGAGCCAACAGCCUGAAGAAAGCACUCCGACAAAUCAUAGAUCAGGCAGAAAAAGUGGUGGAUGAGCAGAACAGACACACCCAGGUGCAGAGAAUGUCAUCCUCCUCAUCAAUCAAAAGAGGCAGCAGUGAGGACCUCAAGGAGGCGGAGCCACGUCAAAACACAUUGAGUCCAACUACUACAGCCCCUAUUUUACUGGAGAAGUCAGAGAGCUUCAGCACUGUGCUUUUCUCUGAAGACUCUGUGCAGUGCACAGAAAAAUGUGUGAUGAAUAACUAUUUUGGCAUUGGGCUGGAUGCCAAAAUAUCUCUAGAGUUCAACAACAAGAGAGACGAGCACCCAAAAAAGUGCAGUAGUCGUACUAAAAACAUGAUGUGGUACGGAGUGCUAGGGACCAAAGAACUGGUGCAGAAAACCUACAAGAACCUGGAACAAAGAGUUCAACUGGAGUGUGAUGGAGUGCCCAUGUCCUUGCCGAGUCUUCAGGGCCUUGCUGUUUUGAACAUCCCCAGCUAUGCAGGAGGCAUUAAUUUCUGGGGUGGCACCAAAGAGGACAAUAAUUUUGGUGCUCCAUCUUUUGAUGAUAAGAAGUUGGAGGUGGUGGCUGUGUUCGGCAGCAUGCAGAUGGCCAUGUCUCGAGUCAUCAACCUGCAGCAUCACCGCAUCGCACAGUGUCGGCAGGUGAAGAUCACGAUCCUGGGCGAUGAAGGUGUGCCUGUGCAGGUGGACGGUGAAGCCUGGAUUCAGCCUCCUGGCAUUGUACAAAUCGUCCACAAGAACCGAGCCCAGAUGCUCACCAGAGACCGGGCGUUCGAGAGCACGCUGAAAUCAUGGGAAGACAAGCGGAAAGGUGACAGCCGCCCAGCCCGGCCCCGACUGAAUUCCCAGCAGUCCAUGGAGUAUCUGACAGAAGAGGAAUGUGCGCAGGUGCAGCAGCUUGGUUUAGUGGCCGACACACUCAUCAACAGGAUUCGGGAGGUGGCUAAGACUCAUAAGGUGGUGGAGCAGGAAUUAGCUCACUCCGUCAAUGCCAGUGCUGCGGUCCUGAGUGAAGCCUUCCCCUCCAAACCCUCCAGCCCUGAGGGUUUGAGUCGCAGUACAGCUGUAGACAUUGUCAACAGCAGUAAAGUUCUCCAGCAAGAGACCAAGAUGCUGCUGGAGGGAAAAAUGCUGCAUUUGGAGCCUUCUCAAAAAGAGGAGCUACUUUCCACAGUGGACAGCCUCAGCGCUGAGUUACACAAGCUGGAGGACAUUCACUGGAUCUGUCCCAGCAUGCACUGCUCUGAAGAGGACCCGUCUCGUGUGCCUGGGAAAAGCAGCAUGAAGCUGAAAAUCAUGCCCAAGGGGAAGAAGGAGAGAGAGAGGUUACACAAGCAGCGGUCCAGCGGCUCUCUGUCAGGAUCUUGGGAUAUCAAGGGUGGGAUGUGUGAUGUGGAUUCUGCGGGCAACUGAAGAGCUGAAGUGGUUUGUCACGAGGACACACUCUGCCACGGGACGCUGCUUUACGGCCAGUGAGGGAGGCAGACACAUACCCCACCCCAGUGUUUGUGCGCGGCCCGGCACUGCAUUACUGAGCUUCUGUUACGUUUCUUCUGCGCC